AUAUUUGAUUUCUCUACACAAGCACACUUGUAUAUAAACAUGUAUUAGUGUUUCCUUAAAGAUCAAGUGUAGAUUGUGGUGUAUGUUCUUGUAAGUUUUAACACUCUUUAGCCCUCUAACUCUCUCAAAAUGGCUACUUCUUCAUUUCCUGAUAUUUGGGGUUGGAUUCACAACCUACCACCACAAUCCCAAUGGCCAACAAACACAACAUCUAUAUGCAUUUGUUCUUCACCAACUUCAUCUCAACCUUCUCUUCAUCUCUCCAUUACAUGCAAAACCUUAACUCACCCUUCUUCAAUCUCCUUCUCCAUUUUCGCAAAUUACAACCAACCCAUCUCCCUUUGGACCUCUAAACCACUCAAAUCCACCUCUAACAACACCUUACUUCAUGAACAAGUUACCAUCUCCAAACUCUUAAUCAAUAUCAUCAAAGAUAUUCUUAACUAUAGCCCUAUAAAACUCUCAAAUGCUUUCCUCAAUCUCCCACAACCGAGUUCAAUCCCUGACCUCAAAGACAUAGUUAAUUUCUUGUUUCUUGCGCUUGCUUUUGUUAUAUCAAUAUACGAAGCCCCUCAAGAUAUCAGGCGUGAUUGUAUAAACACUAUCAAAAAUCAUUUUGCCUGUCCGUGGGCAAGAACAACAUCUAAAAGGUUAAUGAGGCUAAUAGGGUCAAACGCCGAAGAACAAUGGAUGCGAUCCAUGAAUCUUGCAAUCACAAACUGGAUGGUCGAGCUACAAGCGACGAAUCCUGGGCUCAAAGCGCCAUCGCCGAUGUACUCUUUGGCGAUAUCUGGAUUAGGGUUAUGGAAAAUUCAGUUGUAUUGUCCGGUUAUUGCUAUGGAGAUUGAAAAGUGUAAUAGUAACGGACAAGAUGAUCAAAAACUAGGGUUUUCGUUGAAUUAUCAUCAACUUGAAGGGGUGAUACAAUUGAAUUAUCAUGUGACAGUUCGAGAGAAGUGGAUUGAUGUCUUGGUUAGCAUCGAUAACGUGAGGUGUGAUGUUAUGCGACUUGUGAACGACACUCUCUUGAAAGAACGAGGAGCAGGAGUCGACGAAAAACACUUCCCCUCACGCAUUUCCCUCCAUCUCACCCCAACAAUCCAAACCAACGUCAUAAGCGUAUCCGUAAGCCGGUCAUCCGAAAACCCAACACGAGAAAUAGGCGUAGAGCGAUCCAUCGAAGGCUCAUUCGAGCCUCCGAAUCCUCACAUAGGCAUAUCCGUUACCGCAGGUGAAACCGUGACCACCAACCUCAAACCAUGGAAAUUCGAGCAAUCGGUCUAUGGUAAUAGCGGCACGUUUAAUUGGUUCCUUCAUGAUAGCAUUAACGGGCGUGAGGUUUUUUCAUCAAAACCUUCUAAGUGCGCAUUGCUUAAGCCGAAAGCGUGGUUUAGGAACCGGUAUUCGAGCGCGUAUAGACCUUUUACGAGGCAGGGAGGGGUUGUUUUCGCGCGCGAUGAGUAUGGGGAAAGUGUGUUGUGGAAGGUGGGAAAUGAUGCGAUCGGGCAAACAAUGAAGUGGGAAGUCAAAGGGUGGAUUUGGUUGACUUAUUGGCCGAAUAAAUAUAAGACGUUUUAUACCGAAACUAGAAGAUUGGAAUUUCGGGAGACACUUCGGCUUACUCUUGCUUGAAUUUGAUUUUAAAAAAAUGGGAAUUAUUUGCAUGUUUUUGUUUAAAAGUUAAAACAGGUUUGUAUAUCUUUAUGUUUAUGGUUAUUUUCUGAAAGUAUUGAAAGUUUUACGUGUAAAUUGUAAAGUAAAUCAACUAUGUUUUUUUAUGUCA